AUGGCUUCCACCAGCUGCCUCGUCGCUCGCGUCCUCCUCGUGCUGGCGGCCGUGGCCGCCCUGGCCGCCGCCAAAAGAGGCUGCUCAGCUUUCGGCCACUCGUGCUUCGGCGGACACGGAAAGCGUUCGGACGGCGGCGGAGGGGAACAAAUGCCCCCUGAGCUGCCCGCCCUCGAGACCCUCGCCUACCCUGCAGGGUCAGACUCUUUCCAGCCGGUGCUGCCACCCAGAGGCGAACCUUUGCUUCGCAGGACGCAGCCGCUCUUUGCCAUCGACAGGAUUCCGCCUGCACUCAGACAAUGGUUUGAAUCGGUUGGUGCAAGGUCGGCGAUGGAGCAGCGUAAGAAAUAAUCAACCCGCGCGACCCUCUUCACUUCCGAAUCGCCCCUGAUCGUUCAUUUCAUCGACACACCUACAGGUUUCUCUUGCAAGACUUUUCCUCGAUUAAGCAGGCUGGGACUGAAAUUUGUUGUUGUUUUAUUGCUUCCGAAUGUUGUGUACAAACAUAAUAUAUAAUUCAUUUCCUUCAUGAGUUUUGUACCUCAAGAAUGUAUUCAAUAGCAAACUGCUUUCCUCAAUUUUUAACACUUACGCGCAUGAUACUUGGAUUAUUAGCUUUUACGCAAUAUAAUAUGGAUGGAAAAAAACAAUAAAACUUAUACUAUUGUAGCACCGAGAGUUAUCUAGUCGAUUAAAAUGUAGACACACGUUCAUGACCCCAAAACAAUAAUUGUAUAGCGAGAGUACACGUGCAAAAUAAACUUGUGGUUUUGAUCAUUCCUCUCACUACUCCAUG